CCUCUUGUGUCGCCUGCUUUGGACUUCCGUCGUUACCUCGACUCCAGAUGGACCCCAACUGCUCCUGCUCCGCCGGUGGCUCCUGCACGUGCGCCGGCUCCUGCACGUGCAAAGAGUGCAGAUGCACCUCCUGCAAGAAGAGCUGCUGCUCCUGCUGCCCCGUGGGCUGUGCCAAGUGUGCCCAGGGCUGCAUCUGCAAAGGGGCAUCGGACAAGUGCAGCUGCUGUGCCUGAUGUGGGGGAGCACCUGUUCCAGAUGUAAAUAGAGCAACAUGUACAAACCUGCAGUUUUGUUUUUUUUUUACUUUUUCAUAUUACCAUGACCUGUUUGCUACAUUCCUGUUUCUGUGAGAUAUUUGAAUGACAAUAAAUCAUCUAGACUCUUCUGGC